AUGAGAAAAAAACCAGCUACUCUUUCGGACAAGUUAAACAAACUUUUCGCACCGGAAGAACACUCAGAAGAGUCUGGUGAUGAAACUACACCCAAGUUCAGUGAAUUUGAUGAAACACCAGACGAUGUGGGUAAGAAUGCGGCCUUAAGUGAAUUCCGUAAGCGAAACAUUCGAUUUCUGGAAGAUUUUGACCGGAAGUAUAAAGGAGCCGUCUCGUCGCGAAGUGAAACACUCAACGAUGAAGACGUCGAAGAGGAGUCUGACGAGAACUCUGACGAGGUGGAGGAUGAUUUCGAUGGAGAUGAAGAUAGUGAUGAUGAAGAGAAGGAGGAGCUUGAUGAUGAUGAUGAUGGAGAACAUCCAAAAAUGUAUCGAACACGCAAACAAAAAUCGCUAGUUCUUCUGAAACCGCAUUACAGCGAGGAUGAAAGCGAAGAAAAUGAGGACAGUGAUCAGGCUAACGAAGAAGGUUCCGAAGAUUCGACGGAUGAUGAUCGAGAAUCUUUGGCAGAGAACGCGAAAAGUAGUAAGCAAUCAUCCUCGCAGCAGAUAACGCUGAUCCGAGAAGAAAACCAUCAGGAUGUAAUCAAUAAAGGCCUAGCAGUGCAGAACCAACUAAAAAUUUGGGAGCGUUUGCUGGAAAUGCGCAUCAAGGUGCAGCCCUGUUUAAUUGCCUCCAACAGCCUACCACCACCAUCGUCGAUCUGCCGAAAUCUCGCAUCUGGAAAUGAGGAAUUCCUCCAGAAGUCCGAGCAAGUGACGAAAAUCGUGUCGGAAACGAUGGAACAAAUGCUUGAGCUCCAGGAACUGCUACUGGGUCGAUAUUCCGAAACGAAAGACCUACUCAAGAGCGGAUCGAAACGGAAAGCAUCUUCGCUGAAAACUUCCAAUGCGAAACAAGUUGCUUUGGACGGAUACGAGCAGAUACUUGCUAGUCGAUGUAAAGAUAUGGAGGAAUACCGGAACAGCGUGCUUAUGAAAUGGCACGAUCGAACUAACAUUGCUUCCAAGAUGCGUAACAAUCCGAAGCAGUCGUUGUCGGUGUUGAGGAAAAUCGAGGAUAGUCUUAUUAAUCGUGAAGAACUUGUGCGUAAAACGCAACUCUACCGUGGAGGUUAUCAACUGCUGGGAAGACAGUCUCCGUCGGUAAAAACGAUAACACCAGCAGCUAACAAGCGAGAAGACGAACGUGUCGAAACGGAAGAACCAACGACAUCGUCGAUUUAUGAUGGGGAAAUUUUCGAUGACUCCGAUUUUUACCAUCAGAUGCUGCGGGAACUGAUUGAGUUCAAAACCAGCACAACCGAAAGUCCGCAGGAGAUUGCCAAAAAGUUGGCAGAAUUACAGAAACUACGGAACAAGAUGAAGAAAACGGUCGACACGAAAGCAUCGAAGGGUCGGAAGAUACGCUACGUCGUACAUAAUAAGCUGGUAAACUUUAUGGCACCGGUACCCGAUUACGACUGGACUGAUGAGGCGAAGGAUGAGCUGUAUGGAUCACUCUUCGGACAAACACCAGCCGCGGAAGAGCGAUAG